CCCCCGCAUCGCCACCGCCGUGCCCCCCUCCGCCCGCCUCCGCCGGCGCUCGCUCGCCCGCCCGCUUGCCUCCCCAGGCACAUGCCCGUGCAGCCGCCCGUCGCCGGGCUUCCAGAGCAGGCUCUGCAGCCGGCCUCGCGCCCCCAGCUCCCAGUUGCUGUCCCCGUCCCCCCAUUCCGGGCCGGGAGAGGCGGCCCCGGCAUGCGGAGGACAGGAUGAUCGCCUCCGCCGCCAGGAAGGGGCCGGAGGGCAGAUAUCCGCUGCACUACCUGGUGUGGCACAACCGUUACCGAGAGCUAGAGAGAGAGGUCCGCGGCGGCCAGGUGGACAUUGAGCAGCUGGACCCCCGCGGCCGGACUCCCUUGCAUCUGGCCACCACAUUGGGGCAUUUGGAGUGUGCCAGGGUGCUGCUUGCGCACGGAGCGGACGUGGGCAGAGAGAACCGCAGUGGCUGGACAGUGCUCCAGGAGGCUGUGAGCACCAGAGAUCUAGAACUGGUACAACUCGUGUUACGGUACCGGGACUACCAGCGGGCUGUGAAGAGGCUGGCAGGUGUGCCUGUACUCUUGGAGAAACUCCGAAAGGCCCAGGAUUUCUACGUGGAAAUGAAAUGGGAAUUCACCAGCUGGGUGCCCCUCGUGUCUAAGAUCUGCCCCAGCGACACGUACAAGGUUUGGAAAAGCGGGCAGAACCUUCGAGUGGACACCACGCUCCUUGGUUUUGACCAUAUGACGUGGCAGCGAGGAAACCGUAGCUUCGUCUUCAGGGGCCAAGACACAAGUGCAGUGGUGAUGGAGAUUGACCAUGACCGGCGAGUGGUCUACACAGAGACCCUGGCGCUGGCUGCCCAUGACCGUGACGUAUUGCUGGCUGCUGUCCAGCCUACGGAAGAGCAGGUGCUCAGCCGCCUCACUGCGCCGGUUGUGACCACUCAGCUGGACACCAAGAACAUCUCCUUUGAGAGAAAUAAGACAGGCAUCUUGGGCUGGCGCAGCGAGAAGACCGAGAUGGUGAAUGGCUAUGAAGCCAAGGUGUAUGGUGCAUCCAACGUGGAGCUCAUCACCCGAACACGGACAGAGCAUUUAUCAGAACAGCACAAAGGAAAGAUCAAAGGGAGCAAGACCCCACUGCAGUCCUUCCUGGGCAUCGCUGAGCAGCAUGGGGGGCCCAAUAAUGGGACCCUGAUCACUCAGACGCUGAGCCAUACCAAUCCCACCGCCAUCACUGCAGAGGAAUAUUUCAACCCCAGCUUCGAGCUUGGUAACCGGGACAUGGGGCGGCCCAUGGAGCUCACCACCAAGACCCAGAAGUUCAAAGCCAAGCUGUGGCUGUGUGAGGAGCACCCCCUGUCCCUGUGUGAGCAGGUAGCUCCCAUCAUUGACCUCAUGGCCAUCAGCAAUGCCCUCUUUGCCAAGCUGCGAGACUUCAUCACCUUGCGCCUGCCUCCUGGUUUUCCUGUCAAGAUUGAGAUCCCCAUCUUCCACAUCCUUAAUGCCCGAAUCACCUUCGGGAACCUCAAUGGUUGUGAUGAGCCCGUAACUUCUGUCCGAGGCAGCCCCAGCAGUGAAGCCCCAUCCCCCAGCAGUGACAACUCCAGCAUCAGCAGCUCCAGUUCCAUGACAUCAUGCCGAGGCUGUGAGAUCGCGCCCUCCCUGUUCGAGGCACCCCGGGGGUACAGUGUCCUAGGCAGCCAGAGGGAGCCAGGCCGAGAGGAAGAGGACGAUUUGUUGCAGUUCGCAAUCCAGCAGAGCCUGUUAGAGGCAGGCAGUGAAUAUGACCAGGUCACCAUCUGGGAAGCGCUGACCAAUACCAAGCCUGGCACCUACCCCAUGUCCCAGGAAGGCCGAAGGCCAGACAGGCCCCCCCAGCACACUCCCCAGCGGCAGCCCGGGCCCCCGGCCCCCCCAGCCUCCGCGCCCAGCCCUGGCGGCCCCGGCCACGUCUUCCCUAGCUACGAUGAACAGCUUCGUCUGGCCAUGGAGUUGUCGGCCCAGGAACAGGAGGAGGCUGAACGGCGGGAGCGCCAGGAGGAGGAAGAAUUCAAAAGAAUCCUUCAGUUGUCACUGACUGAGCAGUAGCCCCCGUGGCCCCCCCUCUACCCCUCCCCUCUCUCCACUCCCCAGGCAAGGGACCUCCGCCUCCAGCCUCAUGGGGACCGCUCCGCAGGGUGCUAAGGCUGGGGAUGCCCACUGUGGGUCAGAGCCCAGGACAAGCCCUCCCCACUGGCUUGGUGGAGGGUGGGGCCCGGACGUGACUGAAGGGGAGGGGAAGGACAUUCCCCCCACCUCAACCCCUAUCCCCAUCCCUAUACUCAGAUUGAGCCACUGGGAGGAAGGGGAAUGGGAGAGGUUCAGAACCGAGCCCCUGGUAGUGCUGCAUGAGCACUGGGGUCACAAGUUGGGGAUUGUGGACAGAGUAGGGUGACCAGAGGUGGUGACUGGAGCGGGGGGAUGGACGGGGGGAUGGGUGAGGGGAGGCGCUGGAGUGAGGGAAGGGCCAGGCAAACCAAGGAGGUCCAGAGCAGAAGGGCCUCGAGCGCACCUGGGGAGGGGGAGGGGGAGGGGUCAAGGGAGCCACUUCGGUCCCGGGGCACGUGUGGCUCUGACCGGUUCUUUGCUAGCUGUGCCCUGGCCUCCUCCCCGGCAACCGACCCCAGCAGCUUCUCCCCCAGCCCUUCCUUUGGUGGGCAGGAUGAGCCUUUCAUUGUCACACUUCCACUCAUGAUUCAAGUACCCUUCCCAGAGCAGCACUGGGGCGGGCAGGGGGAGGGGCGCAGCUCGGACCCUGGAUAGGUGGAGGGAUAGGCGAGCAGGACGCUGUCUGAGCCCUGGCCCCUUUGCCCCAAUACUGACUCCUUGCCUGCUUACUCUGCCCUGGGGAAACGUUCUUAGACCCCCUUUCCAUAUCUGGCCCAACCCCCUUGGGGGGAGGGGUGCUCAGCUCCACGCCGUGUGCUCCACCCCAACACAAACCAGCACCUCGGAGGGGCCUGGCCCCCCUCGACCCCUCCCUGAGUCAAGUGCACUUAGCUGGGCCUGGGCGCCUUGGGCGCUGCAGCCAGCUCCCCCUUCCCCACCCCUCCUGGUUCUCAGGGUGGCCCUGACCUCUCCCAGGUGGCGGAGCACAACGCUGGAACCCAUGCCUAGGGACCAGUGCUGCCCCCUCCAUCAUGGGCUGCAAGAGCAGGGAGGAGGGCAAAAUGUCACCCCCACCGUACGUGGUGCCCCCUCCUCAAUGCCGGGGAGGGCCCAGGCUGCCCUCUGGUGUCUGAGAGGAUGGGCGGGAGGGGGUAUACUCGGCAUCGGGACUCCAGGAGCCCAGGUCAUGAGAUCUGGGGUUGAGAUGGUAGUGGUGGAGGUGUGGUGUGUGAGGGGGUUACACCCAGCUCUCCUGAUGCCCUCUGGCACCACAUGCCCCCUCCCCAGCCCCCCACUCCCACCAGCUGCUGCUAUCCCACUCCACCCCUGCUGAGGGUGCAACCACAGAAACCUUCCACCCAAUGGUGCUAACUCCUCCCUGCUCUCCCCUUCCCCACCCAGCCCCAAGAAGCACAGACCCCCGGGCAAGGGUCCCGAUGCACACAACCCCCCACCCCCAUCCCCAAAGGACUGGCUCACACUGUGAGAAGGGCCUGCCCAGCCAGACAACUCCAAAUACACACACACACACACACACACACACACACACACGACAAAAAAGCCACAAGAUUGAACCUUCCUGUCCCACCCACCUCUCCCUGUCAUUUCCCCACCCUGGGCCAGGGACACUCCAGCAGAAGAGACACAAAUAAAACAAAACAAAAAGGCUUUAAAACUGGCAGUUCUCCUACUGAGACUGAUUUUAUUGGGAAAAGCCCACGGGGAGGUGGGGGAGGAGGCUGGGCACACUCCCCACAGGUGUGGGGGUUGUUGAAGGUCUGGCCUCACUCAGGGCCCUCUUCCCCAAGGAGGGAGGGAAAGGGGCCAUUCUUGGGAGGGCCCUUAGACACCCUCCUGCCCAACUACCCUAACGAGGCAAUAAACCCAAGGUGUGGCGCCGGUGGCGUGAACAGCUGGUUCUCCAGCCGCCACCCAGGCACACGAGGAGUCCGCAUUCCCCUUGGGAAUCCUGGGCCAGGAUUGAUUAUGUUGAGCCACUUAAAAAAUGCUUCGCUCUAUCUUUGCCCAGCUGAUCCUUUCUAGGGCUCAGCAGAACGAAAGCCUUGAGAAGAUUUAAAGAUAAAUGUCUUUCCUUCCCUUCCAAGCCUCUUCUUCAGGCUAAAUGUCUGUUCCCUCAAGGGGACCUUCUAUCCCAUGAUUUCGAAUGCUGUCACUUAUCUGGUGUGGUUACAGUUUGUCAUCCCUAAAACGGACCGAAUGCCUUAGAUGUGGGAUGAGGAGGGAGACAAGCCGCAGAUGCAUAGUAACAUUUCAUAAGCACCAGGGGUUGGUGAGGGGAAGCAGUCAUGCUGGCUCCUUCCACAUCCCUCCCUAGGAGAUUCAGCAGCUGUGGGCAAAGCGGCAGGGGUCCUCUGACCCCACCCCCCACCCCCGUGCUCCCCGAGAUGGAAGUUCCAUCCUUUUCAGCCUUCAGCCCCAGG